ACAUUAAUCAGAAUAUACUUGAGAGAUCUGUCUUAGCUGAAAUUGAUGGACAGGUGUGGGAUAUGCACCGACCCAUUGAAGAUGACUGCACACUUCGGUUUUUGCACUUCCGACAGCAAGAUCCAUAUUACGUCAAUAAAGCAUUUUGGCGUUCUGCAUCUGUUAUGCUGGGAGCUGUGUUGGAGUCAGCAUUUAAAGACAACUUAUAUGUUGAGCUUUGUUCUUUUCCAUCUCCUAAUGUGCGAAGUGGGAGCUUUGUAUAUGAUGUUAACUUGAAGAUCCCCAGUUGGGAACCAACCAAGGAUGAGUUACGUUCUUUGUCAGCAGAAAUGGUGAAGCUUGGUAUGGCUGGUCAUCGAUUUGAGAGACUUGAAGUGGAUGCUAGUUUGGCCCUAAAAAUAUUUGCUGAUAAUCAGUAUAAGAAGCGACAAGUUCCUUUUAUUGCAGCCCAAAGUUCUUCUGGUAACAGUGUGGUCGUUUAUAAAAUGGGAAACUUUGUAGACAUAAGUUGUGGACCAAUGAUUAGCAAUACCAGCCAUCUUGGGAAAGUCUCCAUUGUUGGUGUUCAUCCAAUUCAGACUGAGGAAGGACAGCUCUUCAGAAUACAAGGUGUUGCUCUUCCCAAAGGCAUACUGUUAAACCACUUCAGUUAUGGAUUGCUAGAGGAGCGGGCAGCACAACUUAAUUCUGGACGUUUCCCAAGCAUUCCUAGCUUGGACAAGCCUCUCCCAAGUCAGCAAGCAAGGGCAUCAUAAAACACUAAUAAAGAAGAAAGUAAAACUGUUUUUGUUACUGUAGAGUAAUCUGUAAAUAAAUGAACCAAUAACAA